AUGUUGGAUCAUUCAAUAACUGGCGUGCAUUAUGCAUGUUCACGAAGUGAAUGGAACGAAACACAGUGCGAGCAACGAACAACGAAAUCGGGCGCUAUCGUAAACGUAUGUGCGUGUAAGAGUGCCGAUUAUUGCAAUUAUAGAAAAUGGCCACAAAAAAAUGCGAAAAUUUAUGAUAAUUUUUAUGACGAUUCAACAAAUGAACAUUCAAUUAUUAAAUCGUCUUCAAAUCGGCGAUCAAAUGGCCUUCUUUUCAAUCAUUUUAUAUUUAUUAUCUUUAUUUUUUUCUUUUUUUUUUCGCUUUUUUGA